CUUGCGUGUCCGGAGGCGCGCGCAUGCGCAUGGCCAGCCAAGCGGCCAACUAAGGGGCCAACAUGGAGAGAAAAGUUCUGGCACUUCAGGCUAGGAAGAAAAGGGCCAAAGCCAAGAAAUUGACCAAAAAGCCUGCACAUCCUCCACGUGGGCCAUCUCAACAGCAGCCUCCUAUGGAGACCCAGAUACAAGAGCCUGAUGAGGAAAUCCUUGGCUCCGAUGAUGAGGAGCAAGAAGAUCCUAAUGACUAUUGCAAAGGAGGCUAUCACCAUGUAAAAAUAGGGGACCUAUUCAAUGGUAAAUACCAUGUGAUCCGUAAGCUAGGAUGGGGGCACUUCUCCACUGUGUGGCUGGCUUGGGACAUCCAAGGGAAGCGGUUUGUAGCAAUGAAGGUGGUGAAGAGUGCAGAGCAUUACACAGAAACGGCUGUGGAUGAAAUAAAGCUACUCAGAUCUGUCAGAAAUACAGACCCUGAGGAUCCAAACAGAGAGAUGGUUGUGCAGCUGUUGGAUGACUUCAAGAUCUCAGGGAUCAAUGGAACUCAUGUUUGUAUGGUGUUUGAAGUGCUAGGGCACCACUUGCUUAAAUGGAUUAUCAAGUCCAACUAUCAAGGCUUACCUCUGCCCUGUGUCAAGAGCAUCAUUCAACAGGUUCUUCAAGGCCUGGAUUACCUGCACACCAAGUGUCAAAUCAUCCACACCGACAUUAAGCCGGAGAACAUUCUCAUGAGCGUUGAUGAGCAGUAUGUCAGACGGCUGGCUGCAGAGGCAACUCAGUGGCAGAAAGCAGGAGCUCCCCCUCCUUCUGGGUCAGCAGUGAGCACUGCCCCAGCUCCUAAACAGGUGCACAAAAUGUCAAAAAACAAGAAGAAGAAGCUAAAAAAGAAGCAGAAGCGACAAGCGGAGCUCCUGGAGAAAUGCAUUAUGGACUUUGAAGAGAUGGAGAUCGGACCUGAGGGCAAAGCGGAAGAGGAGUAUGACCCAGAAUCUCCAAAAUCCCCCUCCUGUGCCCUGCUCAGACAGGCAUCACUGCAGGACAUCGCUACAGAGGACACAAUAAUGGAGACCAGAGAGAGACAUACUUCAGAUGCUUCACUGGAGCUUAACUGUAACGGCUGCCUGCACACCAGUCAAACACGGCCUGAGGAGAACAUUCAUGGAGACCAGCGACAAGCCCAACUGCAGGAAGACCACCAUAAUGCAAACGCAUGUGCACUCGAUGUGGCUCAGAGCAUGUAUGAGUAUUGUAAUGGGGCAGAGUCCCCAGAAAUUGACCAGACAGCAUACAGUAAUGGCACCUCAGGCCAAGAGCAGUUGGAAGAAGGAGAGCUGCACCCUGGGGGGGAAGAUCAGCAAACGUCUAGAUCCAGAGCUAGGGAACAGAACAAGAACGGCAAGUUAUCAGCUGGAAGCCUAUUGGUCAAUCCACUAGAUCCACUCAAUUCGGACAAGAUCAAGGUCAAAAUUGCUGACCUGGGCAAUGCUUGCUGGGUGCACAAGCACUUUACUGAAGACAUUCAGACCCGACAGUACCGCUCUCUGGAGGUGCUGCUGGGCUCAGGGUACAGCACACCGGCUGAUAUAUGGAGCACGGCUUGUAUGGCGUUUGAGUUAGCCACCGGUGAUUACUUGUUUGAGCCCCACUCUGGUGAAGAUUACUCCAGAGAUGAAGACCACAUUGCUUUGAUCAUUGAACUGCUGGGGGCAGUCCCGCGCAAACUCGUAUUGACCGGAAAAUAUUCCAAGGAGUUUUUCACCAAGAAAGGUGACCUGAAGCACAUUACGAAGCUGAAGCCGUGGGGUUUGAUGGACGUACUGAUGGAUAAAUACGAGUGGUCUCGCGAGGAGGCUUAUACCUUCACUGAUUUCCUGCUUCCUAUGCUAGAGCUCUUGCCAGAGAAAAGAGCCACAGCUGCCGAUUGUCUGCGGCACACUUGGCUUGCCCUCUAGUUGGUUUUCUGCAUCACUGCACCUACUUCAGGCCAUCUCUCCCUAAACUCAAGAGACUGCAACAGAUCACUUUCCAAUUUUUAGAGCGUAUGGGGUAGUUAUUUUUCUUCUGUUUAUCUGAGUGAUUUCUAAUACUUGGUUCAUCAGAGGAAUAGUACAUUUUGUUCUUGCUGUUUUGUUUGACUGAAAGUGUUGAGAGGUUUUCUUAUGGGUCACAACUUCUGUGAUCUUACAUCUCUCUUAUUAUGGCAAAGAAUGAAAUGGUGAUGUGGAUGUUUUCGCUCAUUGUCUUGUUUAUAUACCUGUGUAUUUUCAGAUGUUAUAAAAAUAGGGGUGUAUAUUAAAAAAAGUUCACUCCACCUGAGUGCUAACUGCUUGGACUGCAGUAUGAUGCAUAGGAAAUCCUUUUUGUUAUGUGUAGUUUCCUGAGUUGGGAAGGAAUGGUGGUUUGUGGAAAGGGAAUAGUUUUGUUUAACUUAUGACUGUAAUGUAUAUAAAUUCAAAUUGUUUCAGUUCUGUCAUGUUCUCCCUACCUGUGUUUCUCUCAACCUAUAAAAGUGUCGUGUGUGUGUGUGCGUAUUAGUUCAGUAAGUUUUGAUCUUGUCAGUCUCAGAUUUGACUUUUAAGAACUAGUCUCCUCUCCCAUGAGUUCGUACAUAAUUGUGUACAAGAUGAUUCCAUGCAAAGUGAGUAACUGGUAAGGGCCACAAAAAUGAGAUUUCUUGGGGGGGGGGGAAGAAACAUUUAUUGUCUGGUUGUGUGUGUGCUUGUGAGAGCACGUGUGCAUGUGUGUGUCUGUAUAUAUGUGUACCAAAGAGUUUGCCUUGAUCUGUAUAUUACAGCCAUGUACAGUUUUUAAAAGAAAUCCUACUAUUGCAUCUAAGAUUAUUUAGCUAGAUAGAAGUGAUUUAAUAAAGUAUUUGGAGGAUGGGUGAACCCAUUUGUCUCAAUGUUCUCAAAUAAAAAAACAAAUGAACAAAUAGAGGUUAAUAAAAUGGUAACU